CGGUUACUGACACCUGUCUCUGAAAACGCCCGCUUUGUGGCUGAAAGUCGGCGAAACUCGGGAACUGUUCAGAAUCGUGUCGUUGUAGGAAGUUCCCCGGGAUUUCGAUCGCCAUCGUUGCGGCACGAUGUCGAGAAUCCGAAACAGUGGCGAUGCCAUGCGGGGACUUUCCGUUUUUAUUUCGGAUAUAAGGAACUCGAAGAGCCGUGAGGCCGAAAUAAAACGAAUCAACAAAGAACUCGCUAACAUCCGUAGCAAGUUCAAAGGUGACAAGACCCUAGAUGGAUAUCAGAAGAAAAAAUACGUGUGCAAACUACUCUUCAUAUUCCUGCUGGGCCACGAUAUCGAUUUCGGUCACAUGGAAGCUGUCAACUUGCUGGCGUCGAACAAAUACUCCGAGAAACAGAUUGGAUAUUUGUUCAUAUCGGUACUCAUCUCCGCAGACAACGAGCUAAUAAACCUCAUCUGCCAGUCCAUCAAGAACGAUCUGACCUCAAGGAAUCCGAUCUUUGUCAUGCUGGCGCUGCAAACCAUCGCCAACAUCGGGACGAAAGAGAUGGCCGAAGCUUUCGGGACCGAGAUUCCCCGGCUCUUGGUGAGCCCAGAUUCCAUUGACGUCGUCAAACAAUCCGCUGCUCUGUGUUUCCUGAAACUCUACAGGACGAUGCCUUCCCUCGCCCCUCAAGGCGAACUGGUCAACCGGAUUGUGCAUCUCCUCAAUGAUUCUCAUCUCGGCGUGGUGACAUCGGCUGCGAGUCUCCUGGACACACUGAUCAGAGGCUCGCCCGAUGAAUAUAAGACCGUUGUCCCUAUCGCGGUGUCCCGUUUGCAGCGAAUUUUGGCGGCAGCUCACACCGAUCUUCAGGACUACGCAUAUUAUUUCGUCCCGGCUCCUUGGCUCGCAAUAAAACUCCUGAGGAUACUCCAGAACUAUCCAGCUCCCGAGGAUCAAACUCUGGGCGCGCGUCUCAACGAGUGCUUGGACACGAUCUUGAACCGAGCUCAAGAACCCCCGAAAUCGAAGAAAGUGCAACAUUCAAAUGCGAAGAACGCCGUUCUGUUCGAGGCUAUAUUACUCGUUAUACACAUGGAUUCUAUGGGAGCCGUUUCCGAUCCCACACUCCUCGUCAGGGUCUGUAAACAAUUGGGCACCUUCUUGGCUCAUCGGGAAACGAAUCUCCGUUAUCUCGCCCUGGAGUCGAUGUGCCUGCUAGCCGCCAGCGAGUAUUCGCACGAGGCCAUCAAAAACCAUCAAGACACCGUCAUCACCGCUCUCAAGACCGAACGCGACGUCUCCGUACGUCAGAGAGCCGUUGAUCUUCUAUACGCCAUGUGCGACAAAAGUAAUGCUCAGGAAAUAGUCGCCGAAAUGUUGUCCUAUUUAGAGACGGCGGAUUAUUCGAUACGCGAGGAGAUGGUUCUGAAAGUGGCGAUAUUGGCCGAGAAAUACGCCACCGACUAUACGUGGUAUGUCGACGUAAUUCUGAAGCUGAUCAAAAUCGCCGGCGAUCAUGUCGGAGAAGAAGUCUGGUACAGAGUAGUCCAGAUCGUCAUAAAUCGCGAAGAUGUCCAAGGAUAUGCGGCCAAAACAGUUUUCGAAGCCCUUCAAGCACCAGCCUGUCACGAAAACAUGGUCAAAGUGGCUGGAUACACUCUGGGGGAGUUCGGUAAUCUCAUCGCGGGCGACGAACGGUCGAGUCCCAGUGUACAGUUCCGUCUGCUCCACUCCAAAUACCACUUGUGCAGUCCGAGCACGCGAGCGCUCCUACUCACGACAUACGUGAAGUUCAUCAACCUAUUCGCCGAGAUGAAGACGGAGAUCCAGCAGGUCUUGAGAGCCGACUCAAACCUAAGAUCUUCCGACGUGGAAUUGCAGCAACGAACCUCCGAGUACCUGAGCCUUUCUCAAAACGUUUCCCAGGACGUGCUGGCAACCGUUCUCGAAGAGAUGCCCCCGUUCCCGGAGAGAGAGAGUUCGAUUCUCGCGUCUCUCCGCAGGAAAAAACCAGCGCCAGGCAUGGAGAACGGGAGGGAGAAAACGUCGAAACCCACGCCUGAGAUUAACAUGUCGAGCAAUAACGGCGAGAUAGAUCUGCUGGGAAUCGGUAACAGUCCACUGAAAGCAGAGCCCACCGCCUCCGAUUCUCUCGACAUCCUUUCCGAAAUGUUCGGAGGCUCACCGGCAGCAGCGAAGAUUCCGGCGGCCGGUGCUAUUGCGAGCUCUCCCGAAGAAAAUCUCAAGAAAAUGUUGUUCAAAAACAAUGGCGUAGUUUUCGAGAACGAAUUGAUCCAAAUCGGAUUGAUGGCCGAAUACAAGGGCCACAUCGGUCGCGUUUCUCUGUUCUACGGCAAUAAGAGCACGAUUCCUCUGCAAUGUUUCACAGCGACCAUAAUUCCACCGUCUGUGCCUAAGCUCCUUAUUCAGAGCAGUAAGCCUGUCGACAGUACAAUCGCUCCGAGAGACCAGGUCAAGCAACAGAUCCAAGUGGAAAUCGUCGAUGCGUUCGCAGCGUCGGAACUGCCGGUGCUCAACCUCAAUUUCACCAAGGGCGGCCAAAACGUUACCUACCAGAUGAAGCUGCCGGUAUACCCAAAUAAGUUUUUUGAGAAGACAUCGAUGGAUUCCGAAAUGUUCUUCAGGAGGUGGAAGGGACUCGGCCAGCCGGAGCAAGAGACCCAGAGGGUAUAUUCAGCCACACAGCCGAUGGAUGCGGCUGCAAUCCGAACGAAGUUGGACGGUUUCGGAUACGAAGUCAUUCCAAGCAUUGAUCCGAAUCCUGAUAACUUCGUCGGGGCUGCGAUUCUCCAUACCAAAGUAGGCCAAGUCGGAUGCUUGCUUCGACUGGAGCCCAACAGGCAGGCUCAAAUGUAUAGGUUGACGUCAAGGACUUCGAAAGACGGUGUUUCAAGUAUUCUGGUUGAUCUGCUCCAAGAGCACUUCUGAGUGGUGUCUUGUCGCAUUUGCGGACCCGGUGAUUCGGAUGUAACCUGACCGUGACUGAAACUCUAUAGGACGACGAAAUUAAUUGGGCAGUGAGCUGAGUGUGUGCAAUCGAUCGGAGCCAAUGGCAUUCCUCCAUUCCAUUAACCGAGAAUUUAGUUGAUCGCACUGAAAACAGUGUCAUUCGACUGAGUACCUGAAAUGAAGAGUUUUCCGAAAGGGAUGGACAGUUCACUCCAAGUGAGCUCCAUGAGGGGCGUUUGGUCAGCAAGUUCUACAGUUUAUCUUUGCAAACAGAGGCUUAUUCAUUAUUAACGAAUAAUAUACAUAUAUAUAUAUACGGAACAUACUGUUCACCGAUGAAUGAAUCAAAGCGGAUGACUAAGCUAAUGACUAUAAAGAGAACGUCGAGAUUGUUCGAGGUUUGCGCCUCACUGAUUUUAAUAAAUUGCGACUUUUCCACAAAA